AUGAGCGACCUCCAGAUGGUCGUCGGUGCCAAGUGCUUCGUCCCUGACGAGACGCACGUGUGGCUGGCCGCCCAAGUCCUGCGGGACGAGAACUCGGGCGACGGCAAGACGCGCAAGAUCUACUGCAAAGUGGAGCUCCCCGACGGCGGCUCGGAAGAGCGCUGCGUAGACAUGCUGGCCAAGAAGACCAAGGCGCUGCUGGCCGUGCACGAGCUCGAGACGCUGCCGUAUCAGAACGAGAACGUCGGGCCGGAGGGCAUUGAAGACAUGAUUACGCUCAAUUACCUGCACGAGGCGGCGAUUCUGUACAACAUUAAAAAGCGCUUUUUAUGUGAGCUCCCGUAUACGUAUACCGGCGACAUUUGCAUCGCUAUCAACCCGUACAAGUGGCUCCCGGAGCUCUACGCCGAAGAGCAGCACCGACGGUACUUGAACCAACCCAAGGAAGAGCUCCCGCCCCACGUGUAUGCGACGUCUGUCGCUGCUUAUGACAACAUGCGACGCUCUGAGUGGAACCAGUCGAUCCUUGUGAGUGGCGAGUCGGGAGCGGGCAAGACCGAGACGACCAAGAUCCUCAUGAACCACCUCGCGACGAUCGCGGGCGGCAUGAACAACUCGACGAUCAAGCGCAUUAUUGAAGUCAAUCCGCUGCUCGAGUCGUUUGGCAAUGCCAAGACCGUCCGCAACGACAACUCGAGUCGAUUCGGCAAGUUUACACAGCUCCAGUUUGACCAGAGGGGCACGCUCGUGGGCGCCAAGUGUCGCACGUAUCUCUUGGAGAAGACACGGGUGAUCCAGCACGAGGCCCCGGAGCGCAAUUACCAUAUCUUUUACCAGCUCUUGGACUCGCCCGAUAUGGCGGCAGAGCUCCAGCUCGACUCGACGAAACAUUAUGUGUACACGGGCAACGACACGGCGCAAAAGAUUGAAGGAUUGUCGGACGAGAAGCACUUUAUCAAGACACGAGAGGCACUGGCGCUCGUGGGACUCUCACACGAAGAGCAGCGGCCACUGUUUGAAGUGCUGGCGGGCGUGCUGCACCUUGGUGAAGUGCAGUUGCUAUCCGACGCAUCGGACGAUGAGAAAUCGAAUAUCGCUGUGGGUGAUUGUGGCGCGAUCUCGGCGACUGCGAUGCUGGGCGUCACGUGGGGAGCACUCGAGACUGCGUUGUGUUCGCGUACCAUGCGGGCGGUGAACGAUGUGUACAGUGUGCCGCUGAAGAAAGAGUUGGCGAUGAACUGUCGUGAUGCCCUGGCUAAGGCUAUUUACUCGAAUGUGUUCGACUGGCUCGUGACGACAAUCAAUCACUCUCUCGCUGAUGACAAGCAUAUGUCGAAUCACGUCGGCGUGCUCGAUAUUUUCGGUUUCGAGCAUUUCAAGCACAACUCGUUCGAGCAGUUUUGCAUUAAUUACGCUAACGAGAAGCUGCAGCAGAAGUUUACUCAGGAUGUGUUCAAGACUGUCCAGAUUGAGUACGAGGAAGAAGGUAUCGUGUGGGACCACAUUGAGUAUGCGGACAACCAAGAUGUGCUGACCGUGAUUGAGUCGCGCAUGGGUAUUAUUUCCUUACUGAACGAAGAGGUGAUGCGACCGAAGGGUAGCGAGGAGUCGUUCAUGUCCAAGGUGACAUCUCUGCACAAGGAUGACAUGACGCACGUGAUUGAGUUUCCCCGCACGUCUCGUACCGAGUUCCUUAUCAAGCACUAUGCUGCUCCAGUCAUGUAUGAUUCGGUGGGCUUUCUGGAAAAACAUAAGGAUUCGCUGCUACCUGAUCUAUCCGAGCUCAUGCGUGGUUCGUCAAAGCCAUUCAUCGCGGAGCUCUUUGAACCGAAGCCGGAGCCCAAGACCGCUGCUUCUGAGGCGUCGGGAGGUCGCCGGAAGCGUGGCGGGGCUUUGUCUAUCACGACUGUCGGUACUCAGUUCAAAGAGAGCUUAACAGAGCUGAUGGCGACGAUCAACUCCACUCAAGUUCACUACGUGCGUUGCAUCAAGCCCAACCCGAUCAAAAGCUCCACAGUCAUGGAUCAGUCCAUGGUGGUCUCUCAACUACGAUGUGCAGGUGUAAUUGAAGCUAUUCGUAUCUCACGUGCAGCGUACCCGAAUCGGUUGCAGCACACAGAGAUUCUGGAUAAGUUUUGGCUCUUUGUACCAAGCGGUGGCAACACUCCGGUCGAAAAAUGUCAACUACUCAUGGACAAGCUGAAAGUAGAGUCUCCAGUGCAAUACCAGAUGGGUAAGACCCGGGUGUACUUCCAAUUGGGUGUGCUUGAAGAGCUCGAAGAUCGUCGUAAGAAAUUUCUGGAUGCGAAGGCAACGUACUUGCAAAAUGUCAUGCUUGGCUUCACGCAGCGUAUCAAGUACCUCCGACAACUGGCUGCGAUUAUCAAGCUUCAAUCAGUUAUCCGAUGUGUGAUUGCUAUGCGAAGGUACAACACAUUUAUGAACGGCCUCAUUUUGAUGCAGGCUCACUGGCGAGGUAACCAAGGUCGAAAGGUAGCUGCAGAAGUCAAGAGCAACCACUACGCUGUCAUCAUUCAGCGGUAUGUGCGCGGCUUUGUCAAGCGUCAUAGUUACGUCAACAUGCGGGCGAUGGUCAUUCGUGUUCAAGCCGUGGUUCGAAUGACGAUCCAGAGGCCAAAAUACCUCGCUGCACUCGACGAGAAACGUCGGGAGGCUGAUAUGGCGUACCAACUGAAUAAGUUGAAGGCUGCUCUGCAGGAAGAGCAAGAAAGGAAUGUGCAGCUACAACGUCGUAGUAGUGUGACGACGGCGGAUACAACUGCCGCCUCGAGCGUGGUGAUGGCUGACGCUGGUGGCAUGAUUGAAACUCUUACGGACGAGAAUAAGAAGUUGCGUGAGAAGAAUGUAGAAAUGAAGGUUGCGAUGAAGGGUUUGAAGGUCGAGAUUGAAAAAUUCAAGAGUGACAAAGAAUUCUCGUCGGCUGGCAAUCACGUCAAGCUUCGUCAGCUGCAGGACACGGUGCGUGAGAAAGACAAGAAGAUCAAGUUGCUCGAGGCCGAUAACAAGAAGCUCGUGGAGCAACUUGCAAAGAUUUACGUGGACGGUGUGCCGGAGAAGAAGUCAACGCAGAAGAAGUCCAUCUUCCGUACGCUGGGGUCCAAGAAGGAGAAGAAGCCUCGUGAGACCGUGCUGAUGGACUCGCUCACUGGUUCGGAUGACCUUAACAGUCGUACGUCGGAGACGCGUCAGUCAGAGCGCCAUUUCCCUCGCAUGCCAACGAUGAGCGUCGGCACCCGCUUCUGGAAUAACAAGAAGGGUGGUAACGGCGACGGCUUUGACGUUUCGGAGGUUGAAGGUGAGGAUAGCCCGACGGACAGCUCUGCGCGCAACACGAUCGUGAAAAGCGUCGAGGUGGGUGUGACGGGGGCCAUGUCGAGUCUGAAGGGUCGCAUGUCGGUCGUGAAGGGCAUGUAUGAUUCUCGAAGCAAGCGGACGAACAGCAAGCCGGAGGAGACAGCGGGCACGUCUGACAGCGUCCCGUCCACGACGGUCAGUACCUCGAGUAGUGCGAGUAGUGCGAAAGUGAAGCCACCGCCUGCAAAGCCAGCGGAUCGCCCCGUGCGCGAGUCGUUCAACCUGGAUGCGCUGCCCGAGGUAUCCCUGCCCGUUGGCUGGGAGGCCAAGGUGUCCCGCUCAACGGGCCGCGUGUACUAUGUGAACCGCAAGCUCGGCAAGUCUCAGUUCGAGCGCCCUACACUAGCUUCGGUGAAGGCCCAGAAGCUGGCGCGUCAGAAGUCAGCGAACGGGGUGUAA